AUGAUAAGCCUUACAAUUCCCCUCCUAACGGCAACAGCAGUUCUGGUCUGGCUUAGCAGUCUCGCAAUCUACCGCCUCUAUCUAUCUCCACUCGCCGCCUUUCCCGGCCCAAAAUUAGCUGCUCUAACUGGAUGGUACGAGGCCUACUUCGACCUUCUCAGACGGGGUCGCUACUGGGUAGAAAUUGAACGUCUGCAUGAAAUCUAUGGCCCCAUAAUCCGUAUCAACCCCAAUGAGCUACAUGUCAACGAUCCCGAAUGGAAUGAGCCCUACAAGAUCAGUGGCCGCGUUGAGAAAUACGAUUGGUACUACACCUUCGUGGGCAGUUCUGCAGCGGCGUCGGCGUUCGGAACUAUUGACCACGACCUGCACCGCGUACGCCGUAAAGCUCAGCAAGGCUAUUUCACCACCGACGCCAUUGCGCGCUUUGAACCGCAACUAGAAGCGCUGACAGCAAAGUUUUGCACCGCACUCGACGGCUUCAAGGGGACGGGACAGCCUGUCAAUCUCUCAGAUGCGUUCCGAUCGUUUGCGACAGAUGCGGUCUCGAUAUUUACGCUAAAUCGGUCGUAUGGUUUUCUCGACGAGCCGGAUUUCAAUGCCGAGGCGCAUCGGGGAAUAAGGGCCUUGCCGGAUAUUGGAUUGUGGAAUCGCCAUUUUGCGGGUUUGUUGGCGGUUUUGCAGUCACUGCCGAAGUGGUUGUUAGAUAUUGCCAACCCGGCGGAGGCGGAGGCUGAGGAUUCAUCAAUCAAAAGUAAAAUUGACUCACGCUGUAACGCUAUUAUUGCCGAUUACGCCAAUAAGAAAAGCGACAUCGAGCCCAAUAUCAUUCACAAAAUGCUCGAUGCGCCAGAUCUCCCGAUGGAAGAGAAGGCGGCGUGGCGGCUUGCAUUGGAGGCACGCACGUUGAUAGGAGCUGGGACCGAGACAACAGGACAGACAUUAAGUGUUACAGCAUUCCAUCUGCUCGCAAAUCCGGAGAAAGCGAGGAGGUUGAAGGAGGAGAUAUUAGCGGCGAAAAAAGGGCGGGAGCAACCUUUGACGCAUCAGGAGUUGCAGAUGCUUCCAUACUUAACCCCGGUUAGCACCACCCAACGGUUAACACACUAUAGCACCACCCUCUUUCCCUCACCAAACACCUUCCUCCCCGAACGCUGGCUUCAGCCCUCGGAGCGUAAGCGCCUUGAGAAAUACAUCCAACCCUUUGGGCGAGGUUCAAGGGCUUGUGUAGGCAUGCAUUUUGCCAACGCCGAGAUUCACAAGAUAUUGGCCGAGACAUUUGCGAGGUUUGACCUGAAGUUAUGGGAUACGGAGUUCGAGGAUAUUAUGCAAGUACAUGAUUUUUUUACAUCAUUUCCCGAGAGCGGGAAGGGGUUGAGGGUACUUAUUGAGGAUUAG